AACACAUUUGAUCCAGAUUUACAGUUGGACACACAGGACAUAAUAAACAAUGCAAUUACCUUCCAAGCAUCCAACAGGAUGAUAUAACAGAGCAGCUUUAAUUAAAGGAUUGAUUGAAUUAAAUGUAUACGGAUGUAUUUUCCUUGUUUUCUUGAAUUGAGUUCACAGUAGAUGGCGGUAGUGCGCGAAAUUGGUGUGAUCCGCAAAAAUAAAGGGAAGAAAAGAAAAAGAAGAAGCAACAGUAAUCCUGCGCACCCCUGUGUUGUUAUCCUGUGUUUGUUAUAUGAGCGCAUGUUAGCAUCCGGGGAUAUUUCACAACACCUAUAAUGAGAUGGAGGCGUUGCUGAAGAGAGAGCUGGGCACAUCUCUUCUGAAGAGCACUGGUCAUUCAGGAGGAGGAUGCAUCAGUGAAGGCCAGAGCUUUGACACUGACACUGGCAGAGUAUUCGUUAAGAUCAACCACAAGAAUGAGGCUAGAAGGAUGUUUGAUGGAGAGUUGGCAAGCUUGGAAGCGAUCCUGGCUACAAACACAGUGAAAGUGCCCAAGCCUGUGAAGGUGGUGGACCUUGAGAGAAGUGGAGCUGUUCUCAUAAUGGAACAUGUGGAGAUGAGGACCUUGAAUAAAUACUCAUCAAAGCUGGGGGAACAACUAGCUGACCUGCAUCUUGACAACAAAAGACAGAUAGAGAAACAAAACAAGGAACAGCAGACUGUUGGAAAAGGAUCAGGAACAUCUGAAAUACAUAUAGCCAACAAGUUUGGCUUUCACGUGGCUACCUGCUGUGGUUAUAUCCCUCAGGUAAAUGAUUGGCAGGAUGAUUGGGUGUCCUUUUUCGCCCAGCAAAGGCUGCAGUACCAGCUCAGCCUGGUGGAACAGUCAUAUGGAGACAGAGAGGCCAGGGAAUUGUGGGCCAAACUCCAGCUGAAGAUCCAUCAGCUGUUUACAGACACGGAGGUGGUUCCAGCUCUGCUGCAUGGAGAUCUUUGGGGAGGAAAUGUGGCCGAAUGUUCUGACGGUCCCAUCAUCUUUGACCCAGCAUCGUUUUAUGGCCAUUCAGAGUUUGAACUGGCUAUUUCUAGCAUGUUUGGUGGUUUUGGGAGCUCGUUUUACAAAGCUUACCAUGAGAAGAUCCCCAAGGCCACUGGCUUUGAAAAGAGGCAACAGCUUUACCAGCUGUUCCACUAUCUGAACCACUGGAAUCAUUUUGGUGGUGGCUACAGAGGUUCUUCUCUACGGAUUAUGAAGGAUCUAACAAAGUAGAUGCACCCUGAUUCUUUAAAGGGUUACUUCAGCCAAAAAUUCAAAUUUAAGCCAUAAAUUACUCACCCUGAAGUCAUCCUAAGUAUAUAUGACUUUCUUCUAUCAGAUGAAUUCAGUUGGAGUUAUUAAAAAAAAUUGUCUUUGAUCUUUCAAGCUGUUUGAUCCAACUUAGUGGGUGUUGUACUCCAUCCGUCCUUCAGAAGUUUAAUAAAAAGCUCAUCCAAUAAAAAAAAAGGGUCUAACACGGCUCCGGGGGGUGGACAAAGGCCUCCUGUAGUGAAUCCGCAUGUGGAAAUGCAGCGGAGAGAUCAAAACAAAACAGCGGUCACUAAUUAGAAGUACAAAACAAGGAUUUGUAAAGAAGAAUAUCUGAGGAUUUCAAUAUAAGCCAAGUGGAGACUGGUUUUAUUUAGCUAAAGUAAGGAAACUUUGCUUCCUUUGCUCCUGUUAAACAUUAGUUUUCACGAGACUCAGCAGCGCAUGUUCAGUGUUGACCUCAUACGUCAUUCCCGCGGAACUGCUUCUGUUUUAUAACAGUGAGCGCAAGCUAGAUUAAAGUGAUUAUUAUGUUUUGAAUAUGGAUAUUUUUCUUACAAAAAUUCGAUUCACUGCAGGAGGCCUUUGUUCAC